AGAGAGAGAGAGAGAGAUCCCGUACAUGUUUAUAUACUCUGAUUUCUAGGGUUUGCUUUCGCGUUCCAGAUUUAACAAAAAAAAAAAUUCAGACUUUUUUUCUUUUUCAAUUUCGUGGUUUCGUUGGUGGGUUAUCUGAAAUUUUCGUAAUUUUGGGGGUUAUUGUAGAUAGGGAGGGAAAAGUUUCGUUUUUUAUUUUUUUAUUUUGGGGGAUGGUGGAGAUGAGGAAAUCUGGAGGUUUAAGAACGGAGUCUGAAUUGGCGGCCAAGUGUCGAGAUGAGCUGCCGGUUAAAUUGGAGAUAGCUGAGGAUGAUUUAGAAGAAGAGCAUGCUCCUCUCAACAAACGAUCCAAGUUGUGGAGCUCUGGGGGAAGCUCAUCGCCAAUGGUACCAGCUAAGUAUAACCCGCUUGAUGAGCCGAGUCCUCUUGGAUUGAGCCUUAGGAAGAGUCCAUCUUUGUUGGAGUUGAUUCAGAUGAGGCUAACUCAUUGUGGUGAUCCGAAAUCUGAAACGAUGCCAGGUUGUGCUGUUGGGUCUGGUGUUAAGAAGGAAAGCAAAGGUAUUGGUGCUGCUUCUGCUGCAUCAGUCGGAUCGACUUUGGCGCCAGGAAGUAUUGAGAAGCUCAAAGCUUCUAACUUUCCUGCUUCGCUUUUGAAGAUCGGGCAGUGGGAGUAUAAAUCGAGGUAUGAAGGUGAUUUGGUGGCAAAGUGUUACUUUGCAAAACACAAACUUGUUUGGGAAGUGUUGGAACAAGGUCUUAAGAGUAAAAUCGAGAUCCAAUGGUCAGAUAUUAUGGCUCUAAAGGCAAACUGUCCUGAAGAUGGACCUGGAACUUUGACUCUCGUGCUUGCUAGACAGCCCUUAUUUUUCCGGGAAACAAACCCACAGCCUAGAAAACAUACUUUGUGGCAGGCGACGUCAGAUUUUACUGAUGGCCAAGCCAGCAUGAACAGGCAGCAUUUUCUGCAAUGUGCCCAAGGGAUAAUGAACAAACAUUUCGAAAAGCUUGUUCAAUGUGACCAUCGUUUGUUCCAUCUAAGCCGACAGCCGGAGAUAGCUAUGGACUCUCCCUACUUUGAUGCACGGCAAUCAAUUUUUGAGGAUCCAAAUGAAUCAAAAGGCCAUCCUUUUGGGAAUUUGAAUCUUAACACAGGUCCUGCAAUCUCUGGGACUCAUAAUUUAGCAUCUCCUGUUGGGGCUCAGUCGUCAUCUGAGCAUAUGUAUCUGUCUCAUGAAGCACCAUCACCCAGCUCAGUGAUAGAUGCUCGUUCAAAUGAAGGAAUAGGGGGUUCCGAAGCAGUCAAUUCAAGAAACAGAACGGAUUGUGGUCAGAUCGAAGCACCUGGAUUACAUCAAUCUAUGUCACUGAGUGAUUUUCUUGCAGUUCUCUGUGAUUCAAAAAACACAGCGGAUUCGAGUCUGGCUGGAGAAGUAGCUGGACUAGACCACUCUAUGUCAGUUAGUGAUUUCGUUGCAUUUUUAUCUGAUUCCAGAAAUAUAACUGACUCAGAUCAGAUCAAAGUACCUGGACUACACCAAUCUAUGUCAGUGAGCGAUUUCGUUGGACUGCUCUCUGAUCCUGCUGGUGGAAGUCAUCCGGAACAUAUGGAGAAAUUUGAGAUCAUGAAACAGCAGUUGCUAAGUGAUAAUAUCCAGUUCGAGGCACCAGAUGAGAGGUCUCUUAUGCCAAGGGUUAACUCUUUAUUCAACCUCUUGUACAAGGACCCCAACGUCCCUGUAAACUCACAGCCCAAUACUGAAAUUUCGGUUGGAUUGAAGUCUGAACCCAGUGAUCCGAAGGGAAUUCUUUCCGACAACAACAACAGAGUUAAUGAUCCAGCUUCUAGCAGCAAACCACAGGGUAUGUUAAGGAAAGACUCAUUCGGUGAUCUGCUAUUACACCUGCCCCGGAUCACAUCCUUGCCAAAGUUCUUGGCCAACAUUUCAGAAGAAGAUGGUGAUGCAUAUAAUAGAUAAUUUUAUAGAUUGCGCUUUUCUUUUAUGGAUUUGGCAAAUAUAGGAACCUGGACUUGUAGCUUUUCUGUUUUUUCUUGUAAAUCAAAUUUAUCUCUUUGGUAACUACAACCCCCACACAGGGAUUUGAAGAAAACAUGUUUUGGUAAUUAAUUUCUGUAGAUUAUUCCCAAUAUAAAACAAUGUUUGCAGAGGCAUAAGCAUUUCA